UUUGUUUUCACAUCGCCAGGCAAACUUCGCACUUAACUUCAAUCUUGUGGUCGUCAGUCGUGGUGUUUUCGGAACCUCGCUACCGAAAAGCUGAACAAAGUUCAGCUAUUUAGCGCUGCGGGACACCACCAUCGGGUCAAACCUUGGGCUAACGGCAUCAAAAAUAAUUCAUCUCAGAAACAUGGCGACCCUUAAGAUGGAGAAAUCUGCCAUGGAAGAACAUUCAGUGCACAAUAUGGAUGACAUCCACGACCCUGCGCUUUCAUUAAAGGAUGGGUAAGAGGCGAGUGAUGAGGGUGUACGGCCACGGGUCUCGUUCAAGACAAAAAUGGCUGUUCUGGUAAGAGUUAUUUUCAUUUAUAUCUUCGAAUCCGAUCGAACCUCCGGGGAUAUAAUGUUCUUUUCAUGCUCAAUCGCGACCUCAUCCACGACUUUCACAUCCUUAAUGAUGAUGUACGAAUCUUAUCUUUUCACCCUCAUCAUGCCCGCGGCAGUUCUUGCCUAUAUCAACGCCGAGUUAGAGCCUGACCCGCGGUAUCCUUGGAUCACGGUCUCGUGGAAUGUCGGAGCAGCCAUCAUCGUAACAGUUGGAGGGCGCUUGGCCGAUAUCUUCGGUCGACGCUGGUUCUUGCUCACAGGGGCGUUAUAGGCGGCAAUUGGCGCGCUCGUGGGUGCCACUGGUCAGUCAAUCCUGCAAAUGAUAGAAGCGGGGGUGUUGUUUGGAUUUGGUGGGGGGUUUCCAAGAGAUGUGCUUCGCCUGCGCACAAGAGUUAGUUCCGAAUCGAUACCGCUUCAUUGCGCUGGGGAUUAUGAUUCUUGCAAAUCAUGUCAGCAGCAUUGGACCGCUUCUUGGCUAUGUUUUCGUCGAAUACUCCAGGAUUGGAUGGCGAGCUUUUUACUGGUGGUGAUUUUGCUGGGAAGUUGCGACAACGAUCAUGUUAUGGGUAUUCUACCACCCGCCGACCUUCGACACCAUGCAC